AUGAGCAAGAGACAAAUUGAAUCAGAUUCAGAUAUAGAUGUCAGUUCCACUGACGAAUCAGAUAAUGAAUUAGACCAACAACAGCAAAAUGAUGGUGAUGUAGAUAUGGAAGAAACUGUCAAUGUUGACUUUGAUUUUUUCGAUCUAAAUCCUGAUGUUGAUUUCCAUGCUAUAAAGAACUUCUUGCGUCAGUUAUUGGGAGAUGACCAUAAUGAAUUUGAUACCAGUGAAAUUUCAAAUUUAGUAUUAACUAAAAAUUCAGUGGGGACAACGAUCAAAACCGAAGGUCAAGAAAGCGAUCCAUACGCACUUUUGAGUGUCAUUAGUAUAUCCAAUAACUUGUCUUUGCCCGGUGUCAAGCAGUUGGUUGACUACGUCUUGAGUCAAACUAAAAAUAAGCUUGAGUUUAAUGUCACAUUGAAGAAAUUGUUGCAGCCGCCCAAUGACACGACGGCCCCUAAAGUCGGUUUGAUUGUAAGUGAAAGAUUGAUAAAUAUGCCCAUUGAAGUGGUACCUCCAAUGUACAAAAUGCUACUGGAUGAAAUGCAAAAGGCUGAGAACGCUAGUGAGCGUUUCAAUUUUGAUUAUUUCUUGAUAAUAUCAAAGGUUUAUCAAUUGGUUGAUGCAGUGGAAAAAGAUGACGAUGAUGAAGGAAAAGGUAAAAAGAGAAAGACGGGUGAACAAAGACCAGUGGAGUUUGAUUACUUUCACUUGGAAGAUCAAAUUUUGGAGGCCAAUGCUACUUAUAAGGGGGUAUUUGACUAUAAGAACAAAAGUCAACAAGAAACUGACUCAAGAAGAGUAUUUACCGACUAUGGAAUUGAUCCAAAAUUAAGCAUAAUUUUGAUAGACAAAGAUAAUUUGGCUAAAUCGGUGAAGGAGAUGGAACAACAAUUUCCAGCGCCAUAG